UUUCAGCGUAGUAGAAGACGCUCUCGUCCAAUCACACGCAGCGACCGGCGCAAACCGGAAGAGCUUUAGACGUUUUUACAUUACACACGGUGUUUGGGAAACUACAGAGAGUUUAUGCAGGAUUUGACCGGGAGCCAGUGGAGCUGUUGCAGGACAGGAGUGAUGUGGUGGAUGAAAGAGAGCUCUGGUGAUGAUGCGGGCAGCUGAAUUCUGGACCAGUUGGAGCUUAUGGAGAGAUUUAAUGUCCUGUAACACAAGCGUUACUCGUGUUCAAAUGUCCUCUGUGGGUCAGGCACAGCGAGUCCCAGUCCACCUGAUGCCCUGUGAGAUUGAAAACGACGGGCCGGCCCAGGUCUCACAAUACUUCACUGCUACCACAAAAGACUGCAAACAAGAGAAGACAGUGUCAUUCAGAGGACGUGGGUUGAAGGGGCAAGAGAUCAGCUGUCCACAGGGCUACACUGGCUUGGUGCUGAAAGAGAUCAACAAGCCCGGCUCUGACCAAGAGGACAGGACAGUGAGGUUAUCCUCCGUGUUUGAUAAGCUGACAUACUGGAACCUGGAGACACAUCCAAACUCUGACGAUACAAUUGUGAUGGCAAUGGAUUGGCCAGAGAUGGCUGAGGCGAUUCACGGACCAGUGGAAGACUGAAGGGGGAGAUAAAACUACCUGCGUCACCUCAGAUGGUCAAAAUGAAAUGUACAGUUUACUUGUUACAGUCAGUGAAAAGCCUUCAAUGCUAUGUUGCUUCAAGCUUAUUUUGUUAUAUGCUUUGUUUUGUAGUAAAAUCAAGAAAAAUAAAAUGUGCAUUCUGUGAUCCACUGAAACAUUAACACAAUAUUUACACAUUGUUUCUACUGAACAGUGUUUAUUCACAAGGUGACAUUUAGAUUUUGCACACUGACUACCAUAAAACCCUCUAAGUCAGGGCUUUUCAAAGUCUGAGACUAAAACUUGGAAAAAAGGGUGCCUUCUCAUAACCCCACCCCCAGUUUACUUUCUUAGUUUUGCUCAAUUUACUUGCUGUCUAUGGGAUAAGGACUGUUAUUUGAUCCCAUGGACACUUAAUUAAGUUAAGAUGUCCUGAUAUUGCCGUUUGACAUAGCGUCAGACCAAAUACAUCCUGUCAAAAAUCCAGAUUAAAAAUGGAAAGAAAUAAAAAAUCCAACAAAAAAAUACAAAUAUAGGCUAUUCGGUGUGAUCUCCUUUUGAUAACUAAUGUAAUACCUUUUCACUUCCAUCCACUGAAACUGUUUAUGGCCCACCUCCCACUUUGAAAACCUGUGCUCUAAACAAUCACUGAACUGUCUCUCAUGAGUAUCCAGUGUAAUACUCUUGGGUUUAUGUGGGCAUUUCAAUACUAGUGAUGUCUCUUACAAAACACGGUGCAGGAAAGUUUCAGUCAUUCAGGUACAUUUAAAGUUUCACUUUAAACAUUUAAAGAGAAGGCAGAGUUACUGCAUGUGUCAUGGUCUGCUCAUACUGUAUACCGUGUCAAACUACAGGAGAAACACUAGAGAAGGAAAGGUCACCUGUAAUGAGCAAAGCCAACACGUUAAGGGUGGAUCCCUAAAUGUAUUAACUCCUCAUUGCCUCAUGACCCCUGCUGUCCUACCAGGAAACAUAAGUUGGAAGUUGAACAAUUACACCUGUUGUUCAUUGCUAAAAACUUUUAAUUGGACCUAAUGGAGAAUGCUAAAAUGCCAAAGUUUGAAAUAUCACAAGUUAGGACAAGACAGCCACAGUGCAAAGAAAAUCCGACUGAAUUUACAGCUGCAACAGAAAAUUGUGGGGGGCGGUUAUUUUUCUAAAAGACAGGAGAAAAUAAGAGACGUUUCAUACUGUAUCAUUUCAGUUUGUAUAGCUGCCGCUGAUAUUUAAUCCUAAUAAAAAAAAAAA